AUGACAAUAUAUAACGCCUCCGAUUAUUUCACGGAAGUGGUCAAACAAUCGGAAUCGUGGCUCAGUGCCGCACGAGACUAUCUGGGUCGCACACUGUACUGUAUUUUUGUGUAUGUCAGUGCAUUGGUUUUAUGGAACACCAUUGGCUCUGUAAUUUGGUUCUAUUUGGAUCGGCUCAAUGUUUUGCCCAAGAAAGUCUUGUUUGAAUCGGACCCGUCCAGUUGGAACAUCCCGGAAAGUUCGCAACAACUGUGA